AAAUUCAAAUCUUGGAACCGUUUUGAAAAUUCUUCAACAGUGGGUUGGCAUGGUUGUUGGGAGGCAGGAGAAGAGGUACAAGAUGUAUUUUGCUAGCUCUGACGAAACGCUUUGGUAUCCUAUUUUUAAGUUGAGAAGACAUCUCAACUGGUGGAAUGGGAAGUGGGUUCGUUCCAAUAAAAGGGCAGCUGAGACUCAAUUCGAGGAUCUGAUACUCCAGAAUAGGACGAGUCAUUCAUGUCAAGGUUAAAGAACUUUCAAGAAAUAAUCUUACAUUGAAAGCCUUUUCAGCAGUCUAGUCAUUUAGUUCCCUACUUUGUGACAUGGCUUAUUUCUACUUUAUGAACUUGUUUUUAUUUCAUUUUAUGUAAAGAUGCUUGGGUUUUUCAUGGUAAUAUAUAUUUUGAUAAUUU